UUUCUGGUCGGUUCGAUAUUGAACAUUUUGCUCUUCCUUGCAAACAGCCCAACUCUUCCUUCUGAAAUAUUGCUCUUCUAAACCUGAGAGUACAGCAUUUGAGCUCAGAGUGGUGAAUUAUCACAGUCUGUCCUUGAGGAUGGAGGCCAGUGGACCCAUCGAGCGGCGUUUCAACCCUUACACGGAUAAUGGUGGCACUGUUCUUGGAGUUGCAGGCGAAGAUUUUGCUGUAAUCGCUUCUGACACUAGAUUGAGUGAAUAUUACAGCAUUCAUGCUCGAGAUGUCCCGAAACUGUUCAAGCUAACUCCUCAGAUGGUGCUGGGAUGUGCAGGUUUUCAUGGUGAUGUGCUGACGCUGACGAAGGAGAUGAAUGAAGCAACCCAGGUUUAUCAGUAUGAGCAUGGUCGUACUAUUUCUACUCCAGCUACUGCUGAGAUGCUUUCCAAGAAGCUGUACUAUCGGCGGUUUUUCCCCUUCUACACUUACAACGUUCUGGUAGGACUAGACACAGAGGGAAAGGGAGCAGUAUAUGGUUUUGACCCAAUUGGAUCGUUUGAACGGGAGACAUUCCGUGCUUCCGGCUCAGCUGCUAGCCUCUUGCAACCGCUGCUUGACAAUCAAAUUGGAUAUCACAACCAGCCCAAUGCCAAGCGCGAGCCAUUGUCCCGUGACAAGGCCGUCGCACUAGUAAGAGAAGUGUUCUCGUGUGCAGCGGAGCGUGACAUUCAGACCGGUGACGGUGUCGUUAUCUCAGUCAUCACCAAAGAUGGAGUCAAGGAAUCAUUCUAUCCACUCCGGUCCGACUAAAUAGCUGGAACUGCUGCUGCUGCUGCUGCUACAGUCUACUGCUCAACACUGUCUCCGUGUUCCAUGAGCUGUGUAUACAUUGUACAUACGUGCCGUCAUGCGGUAUGCCAAUAGUUUUUAAAUUUAUAUGCUAUGAAAAUGGGUUUGUCUUUGUGUUUUGCUUUUCGUUUUUACUUUGUGAAUUCUGCGUGUAUUGCACGUACAUGAUUGUGCCGAUCUCCUCAUGAACAUGAAUAUUUCUUCCUCAUACUGUA